CAUUCAAUCUAUAUAAUCACUAACCCAAAUCUGACUAUCUGACAAAUUCACCUUGCCAUAUAAACACACCUUCCUUAUUUUCUCCAAACACAAGCAACCUAACUACUUAAGCUCAAAUGGGCCAUAACAAAAAUCUAGGAUUCACCAAAAAAAGUUGGUUUCAAUGGACCACAAAUGUUGUAUUCAUGUUACUAGCUUUGUUUGCAACAAUGACAUUGGAGAUUGAAGACAAAGUUGAAGAAGAGCCAUCAAGUGGUUUAUUAUGCAUUAGUGAAUGUGUCACAUGUCCUACAAUAUGUUCACCACCACCUCCUAAACUAGUAACAUCAAAUUCAAAUCAUCCUCCUCCUUCACUCCUAACACCAAAUAAUAAUAAUCCUCCACCUCCUCCUUUAUUAACAUCAUAUACACCCCCUUUUCCACUCAUACACCCUCCAAAUUCUCCACUCUUAACACAAAAUCCACCACCACCUCCUUUAUUAACAUCAUAUCCACCACCACUUCCACUCACAGCAUCACAUUCUCCUCCUCCUUCUCCUCCACUUCUAAAAUCAUAUCCUCCACCAUCACUAAGUCUUCCACCACCACUUUUGACUAUGUCGCCGCCGGCCCCUUCAUCACAUUCUUCAGGGGAAGCUCCUCCACCACCUUUGAAAUCCUCACCUUCUUCAGGCUCGACACAAGGACAACCUAACGUAAUUGGUGAUUCACCACAUAACUAUCCAUAUCCCUAUUACUACUAUUAUGCCUCAUGUGCAUCUCAUUUUUCUAAUCAUAUUUUACCCUUCUUUAUUGUAUUAAUGUUCCUUCAUCAAAUAGUAUUUGCUUGCUAAGUGAUAACAAGUAAUUGUAUGUAGUGUACAAAAUUUUAUAGAAACAUAGAAUUAUAUAUCUGUGAGGAAAAUAAUUUGGAAUUGUCAUAUAUUUUAUGUAAUUAAUACUAAUCCUCUGUAAUUUGUGAGUAAAUUGAAGUUGAUUAUAGUUUGGCUUUUUCUUUUUAA